GACUCAGAGGGAGGUGGUGCUGUGGUUGAGGCGUCACUGGGAGGCUCGUUGGGCCCACAUGGAGGCGGGGCAGGGGUUGAAGGCGGUGGUGGGGCUGUAGACGAGGGCUCAGAUGGAGGUGGAGCUGUGCUUGAGGGCUCAGAGGGAGGUGGAGCUGUGCUUGAGGGCUCAGAGGGAGGUGGAGCUGUACUUGAGCCGUCACUGGGAGGCUCGUUGGGCCCACAUGGAGGCGGGGCAGGGGUUGAAGGCGGUGGUGGGGCUGUGGACGAGGGCUCAGAUGGAGGUGGAGCUGUGCUUGAGGGCUCAGAGGGAGGUGGAGCUGUACUUGAGCCGUCACUGGGAGGCUCGUUGGGCCCACAUGGAGGCGGGGCAGGGGUUGAAGGCGGUGGUGGGGCUGUGGACGAGGGCUCAGAUGGAGGUGGAGCUGUGCUUGAGGGCUCAGAGGGAGGUGGAGCUGUGCUUGAGGGCUCAGAGGGAGGUGGAGCUGUGCUUGAGGGCUCACUGGGGGGCUCGUUAGGCCCACAGGGCGGCUCUUGAGAAGAUGUCGUUAUCUCAGCGGUUGUUGCUUCAGUGGUCGUUGUUGUUGUUGGAGCCUCAGUGGUUGUUGUUGGCUCCUCAGUUGUUGUUGGAGCC